AUGGCGAAGGCAGAUAUGAUGGUGUGGGACUUGGGAACUGGGGGUAGGAGGGUGAAGGAAUUCAAGGGUGAGGGUACUCAGAGGAGCGCGGGAAAACCAGGGCCACAAAGCCGAGGAGUAGACACUGGGGCUGGAGAGCAGAGAAGCCGAGGAGUGGAUGGAUGGAAGCGGAGGCAGGCAUGCAGCAGAGGUACAAGACAGACGGUCAGGCGCCACCGCCACGGAGUCAGGUCUUUGCUACAGGUCGAGGAGAAACAUCCUGAAGAUGAUUUCCACACUUACAUCUGCCUGCAGAAGGAGUCCCUCAGGUGUUUCUUUGAAGUGUGCCAUGUGUUGGCAACAGCAGCUGACGUUGAACAAACACUACAGCUUCCUGACUCUUCAAGACUAAUUGUCUUAGGUGAAUUGCUGACAGCAAGCUUUUGGAUGCUGAGCGUCGAGGGUCAGGUGGUUUUGACUCCACAUCCCAACUUCUUGGCUGGAGUGGCAGCUUUGUUUUCUAGCUACUACAACUUCAAUCUGGUGUACCAGGAGCAAGCAUCUUGCACACUGGUAUUCAUUCAAAGAUGCUUUAUUGGACUGAACCCCUCCAGUGGGACCAAGACAACAAAGAUGGUGAGCCAAAAACGUGGGAAGGUACAGGAGAAGAAGAGAAACCCUCACAUUUCCUCUCUACUCAAGCAGAUGAUGGAUUUUGAAUGGCUUCAAUUGUAAGUCAUAUACAAACGACUUCCUCACUAUUUGAACGGACAGUGUUCUAAUCUUCUAAUGUUUAAUUUUUGCCUGUUGUCGAGGUUAUGUUUUGAACAGUUAUGGUAAUCCAGGUCCUGAUUUUAAAUUGGGUCUUUAAGCAAUGCAUAUUGUGAAUUUUAAUA